AUGCCAAAGAAGGCUGCAAGCAAGGCGAGCCAGCCGGCAGACCAGAACCGCAACAAGCAGCUGAAUCCAAACCGCCCGGAGUACUGGCAAAGCCGAGGCUACCCGGAACGCCCGGCGGAGUACAAGCAGUUGAUCGAAGAAAGGCGUUCAGCAGGCCGGCGCGAAGCUGCAAUCAACCAAGCGGCCCAUGAGUCGCGCGACUCGGCUGCGGCUAUCGGCCGAGUCAUGCGAAAGAUCGAGGCGGCCACGAAAGAGGCCUUUGGCGGGCAGGCCAGGGUGGAGAAGGGCGGCUCAAGGCACAAGCACACAAACUUGGCCGGGGCCGAUUUGGACUCGAAGGUGGUCUUGCCGGGGAACCGGCCCAUGACAACGUCGGAUCGUGACAAGCUGACAGGGUGUCUCGGCAAGCAGUUUGAGAGCGUGGACACAUCAAAUCCUCGCAUCCAUCGCCUGGGAGGAGGUGCCUGCUCCGUGGAUGUGGUUCCAGUGCACUCCACGUACGCGCCCGCCAACUUCCAUGCUGGCUUGCCCAAGAACGGCUUUCAGCAGAAUCCCAAGGCCCAGAAGGCAGUCCGAGACGUGAAGCUCGAAGCCGAGGAGCGCGGCACCCCUUUGCGGGGGUUUGCUGUCGAGAACGCUGUACUUCGACAUCAGCACCUCGGCUUUCCCUUGCAAUGUUCGCAUGUCGCAGGAUAG